AUGAUCCAAUGGACGAAUCGGCUGAAUGCUGCAUUUGGGUUUUCAUUUCUUUGGUUAAUUUGCUUGAUUUACUUCACCCAGGGUUUUAGGUCAUUUGUAUGGACAGCAAUUUCCUAUCAACUUAAAGAUAAUCUUCAUUUGUCACCCUCAGCUUCCCAAUUUGUGUUUUCAGUUGCAUUUUUUCCAUGGAGCAUUAAGCCAUUAUAUGGAAUACUUUCUGAUUGUAUCCCGAUUAAAGGAAGUAAACGGAUUUCGUACUUGGUCAUUGCGACUGUGCUCUCCCUUGUACCAUGGUUUAUUUUAGGUUUAAGUUCAACCUUGAGGAAUUCAACAUGGCACCUGAUGGUAAUCUUGACUGUGCAAAACUUAGGAUCAGCCAUGGCAGAUGUUGUUGUUGAUGCGAUGAUAGCCGAGGCUGUAAGAUAUGACAAGGCCAAAUUUGCAGGAGACCUUCAAUCAUUAUCUUGGUCUUCAAUGGCUGUGGGAGGAAUAUGCGGGAGUUUGUUAGGGGGAAUUGCGUUAUCAAGUUUACAGAUAGAUGCUAUUUUUCUUCUAUUUUCUGUACUGCCUUGCAUACAGUUAUUAUCAUGCUUUUCUGUGAAGGAGAACUCUGUAAAUAGUGAAGUUUUAGUUGAGGAUUCUAUUGCAAAGGAUUUGCAUACAAAUGGUAGUAGUAGUACGGUAGAUGAAGAUAGUUCUUUUACUAAAAAGUCACACAGUAGUACAAGAAAAAGAAAGAAGGGAAAAAAGAACACAAAAAAUAGAGCAGUAAAUACCAGCAAAUCAAAGAUUCUGGAGAAAGGAGACUCCUUGGCAACAAAGUGGUUCCAUUCCUUGAAGAAAGCAAUUUAUGAUUUGUGUCGUGCAUUUAGACAGCCAAUGAUUUUGAGACCUAUGUCUUGGUUUUUCCUUGCCCACAUUACUGUUCCCAAUCUUUCAACAGUCUUAUUCUACUACGAAACGGAGGUUCUAAAGCUCGAAGCAUCGUUCUUGGGGACGGUACGCGUUGUUGGUUGGUUAGGACUUAUGCUCGGAACCUUCGUUUAUAACCGUCACCUAAAGCAUAUGACGCUUCGAAGAAUUCUCAUGUAUGCUCAUGUUGCGUUGGCCUUCUUGAAUCUUCUGCAGAUUGCCGUUGUGUCUAGGAAAAAUAUUGCCUUUGGUGUACCAGAUAGGGUUAUGGUGCUCUUUGGCUCAGCGCUUGUUGAUGGGAUCAAUCAGUUCAAGUUUAUGCCUUUCCUAAUCUUAUCUGGACAACUAUGUCCUCCAGGAAUUGAAGGGACAUUAUUUGCUCUUUUCAUGUCAAUAAACAACUUGGGAACAACAAUAGGGUCUUUUGUAGGUGCUGGCUUGGCUUCUAUAUUGAACAUAGAUUCAGGAUCUUUUGACAAUCUUCUUUUAGGCAUUGUUAUUCAUGCUUUGUGCAAUUUCAUUCCAAUUGCUUUUCUGUUUCUGAUACCAAAAGAAGCAACAGGUGCAUCAGCAUAGAUGGUUAGUUAUUGAUGAAUACCAUUGGAAUUGGUUUUAUACACUUAAAAUAGUUUUACCUAGGUAUUUUGAUAGUUGAUAUUUUCCACUUGUAAAUUGGAAAAUAUUAGAGGAAAUGAGGAACAUUUGAAUUGAUUUAUAUACGAAUUUUCUUUGAGAAUGAUACUGAUUGUGUAUACUCUUGUGCAACAUUUUUACAUCUUGAUUAACAUUUAUAUACGAGUUUAUCGAUA